AUGUCGCCAGCAGCGCUGCGGGACAACUUCAUCUUGCAGACGUGCCUGUCCCUGAGGAGCUGCGUCAGGAGGCAGACGUGGGAUGCGACGGCGUUCAGCCUCUGCCCCACGUCUUGGGGCUGGCACGCAGCGGAGCUACAGGGCGCUUUGGCGCAUUCGGCCUUGCUGCACAUUGGCAUGGGAGGAAAAGAGGUCUCGAAGAGGAGGUGGUGCAUUGAGGUGAAUGGGCGACCGCUGCAGGAUUGGCCGGAACGGCGAUGCGGCCGCCGCCGAUUGUCCACCGAGGAGUGGGCGGCAAGGUUGAUGAUCGUCUGCGAGUUCGCGGGCGACCCCGGCGAGGCCCCCACCGGGAGGCAGGGCGAGGUCACCAGCGCAGGCGACCUGGAGGCGCCGCUCGUCAAUGAGAUUAUGGCGGCUGCGCCUUGGAGAGUGCUCAUCCAAGAGGUUGCGGACCACAGCGCGCACAUCAACAUCAAAGAACUGCGGGCCUAUGGGGAGGCCAUGGAGCGAGUGGCACGUAAAUUUCCGAAAUCGCGGGCCACAUAUUUUAUGGACCCCACUGUGACAAUUGGAGCGGUGGCGAAGGGCCGAUCGCCAUCGUGGUACGUGAAUGAGGAGUUGCGCGCGCUGCUGCCGCACACCGUGGGGCACGGCCAUUAUCCCAGAGCGCACUUCGCCCCCACGAGGCUGAAUGUGGCCGACGACCCGACGCGGGGCAGACAGGUGAGACCGUGUAGGGACGGCCCUGCGUGGUUGGGAUACGAGGGGAACGAUUUUGCUCGAGCUUUCGACCAGUGGGCCAGUUUGCCGAGACAGUCCCGGACGACCAGCGAUUGGGCAAGAUUCCUCUUUAAGUUAUUGCUGCCGGAGCCCCGGGCAGCGUGGCCAUGGAGUUGGGGCCUGUUCGACGGCACGCUUGGUUUCCCCGGCGAGGGCCCGAGGAGACAGGCGCUCGUGCACCGUCGAGGCGCGUCCCCUGCCUCCUACAGGCCUCUCCAGCCUCUUACCAUCUCACGGAGGGCACGUUACAUGCAGGAUUUUGCGCAAUGGUUGGGGGAUUUCCUGCGACUUACAUUCGAGCAUCUGUCAGAGGCGGAGCCCCGGGAGGUCGCCCAGGCGCUUGCAGCCUAUUGCCAGCACAUGUUUGACAGCGAGCGCCCGUUGGGGAUAUAUGUCGAGACCAUCAACGGCUGGAUCGACCAGCAUAGGCAUCUCAAGAGGCAGUUGCAGCUUGCCUGGGAUGUCGCGUGGGCGUGGAAGAAGCUAGUUCCAGCAUACCACCACCGUCCAACGCCAGUACCAGUGCUUCUGGCACAGGUGUCGGUCGCACUGCUGUGGGGGUGGCAUGAUGUGGCGGCCUUGCUGCUCUUGGGGUUCGUGGCAAUGCUGCGGCCAGGGGAAUUGACCAAGCUCGUGAAGGAGGACGCGCUGUUGCCGGAGGCGUUGCUGUCGACCGCGCCGCGCCUCUACGCGCGAGUGCGGGAACCGAAGACGCGGCACAAGGCGGCGCGACUGCAGCACGUCCGGGUGGACGAUGAAAUCGCGGUCCCUCUCUUGGAAGCCUGGCUGGCCAGAUUGGCGCCCCAGGAGCGGUUGUGGACAGGCUCCGCGGCGCAGUUCCGAGCAGCGCACGACGCCGUCACCAGGUUUUUAGGCAUUUCCACGGCAGAUGGCGUGGGCCUCACCCCCGCCAGCUUGAAGGCCGGCGGUGCGACAUGGCAUUUCGAGCAGUGGGAGAAUUUGCCGAUGCUGCAGUGGCAGGGGCGCUGGCAAGCCAGCCGCACGAUGGAGAUUUAUGUUCAAGAGGUGGCUGCGGCCAGCUUGCUCCCGGAGUUGCCGCCCCAAGUACGCGAACGCAUAGGUCUUUUCGCUUCGAUUGCUGAGCCUUUGCUGGAUCAGUGCCGCCAGAUGCUGCACUGUCGGCCCUGA